AUGCUUAGAUACUAUACUACUGAGUAUGAUGGCUGUACAUAUAAGAAGGAAGAGCCCAAAGAGGCCAAAGAAAAAGUAACGGGCAGUAAGUACUUGCUUGAUUAUCUUGAAGUUGAUAAUGAUCAAAAAGAAGAGCUCAAACGGCUUAUCACUAAAAUGAAUACACGAAGCAAGUGGAAAGACCUUUCAGAGAAGCAAGAACGUAUCUAUUCCAAAAUGGAAAAGAUCUUAUCUAAAUUACGCAACUACACUCCAUACGCCACACCUUUCCUAAACAAAGUUAGUAAACGCGAAGCUCCCGAGUACUACAAUCUAAUCAAACACCCAAUGGAUCUAGGCAAGAUAGGUAAAAAGAUAGCGAUGCAAGAAUACUCAGAUGUUUCUGAAUUUGUAGAUGAUUUAGCUCUAAUUUGGAGCAACUGUUUUCAAUUUAAUCAUGAUCAUGGUAAUGUCUAUGCCAACUAUGCCCAAAAGAUGAAAGAGAAGUCGCUUAUCCUUCUACAAGACCUCUAUGCUGAACGCGAGAUUGAAAUCAAAGAAAGACCAGAAGAGAUAGCUCAUUUCCAUGCCACCGAAAAACUCCGUAAGGAAAUGACAGUCUCCCGAACAGCUAUUCUCCAACGCCCCCAAGAAUUCGCCAACCACCGCACUGCCCACGAAAUGGCCGAUUUCUGGAAGAAAGAAACCGAGGCCUGCAAAGACCUCCAAGCGUUUAGCCUAGAUAAGUUCACCACGCUCAGUAGUAUUAUUGAAGCCAAUCCACCCCCCAACACUCGACCUUACAUUCCCGAGUACAGUCACUUCCAUAACAGUUUUCCCGUUUUUGAACCCGAACCCCAACCCACCACAACCUACUCUCUUGACAGUCUCCUAACCAAUCCAACUCCUCUUACUAACCCCAUUCUAACUCCACUCAAUCCCUCCCUAACCUACCACCAUCGUACAUUCUUCCAAGACCAACAACCCCUACCCAACCUCCAAAUCAGCCGUUUUGAAGUCUUCCCCCUUCUCAAAAGAUCUAUAGCCACUAAUUUAGCCACUAUUGGUUUUACAGCCACCGAAUCUUCCGCUCUCAAUAUUCUUGUUUCCCAUACGUUCUUUCAAAUCGAUCUUCUCCUUGAAGCCAUCCAAACUCUCCAAAUUCAAAUCCGCCAAAGUCCCAACCCCGAUCCCACCCAAUCCACAACCGAUCUCAUUCUCAAAGCCAUCAUCAAAAAGUACCAUCUAAAAUCCACCGAUCUCGAACCCGAAUCCUUCUUCUCCGAGGAAGAAGAACCCCCCGAAGAAGAAUCACUCCUUGACCUCAUCUAUUCCGAUGGCGAAGACAUAGAACCCCUAGAUGACAUGCUCUAA